AUGAUGACUCUGAUGGCUCUGAUGAAUCCGACGAUGAUGAUGAACCUGCUGAAGAACCUGUUGAAGACACUGAUGAUGAAUCUGAAAAGCCAGAACCCGGAUCCGAAGUUGAAGUACAUUGGAUUAGCAGUGAUGACUCGGACAACGAUGACUCUGAUGACUCCAACUCUGGCUCUCCGUCUCUAUCAACCGUACUUGCUGAUCUCAGGGAUGCCUAUGGAUAUGAGUAACUGA